GCUCAUGGCAGGGCUGCUCCGUCCCUCCAGCCCCAGAGAACAGACAAAGGGAAAGUUUCUUUCCCAAUUUUAAAAAAGUUCUACCUUCCCCUUGGCCCUGUGGGCCAGGCGCCCCCUUUCCCUUCUUGACCUGGGGGACUUUUUGCUCCUUUACAGGUAAAGCAAGUCGAGGACAGCUACCAAGAGGGAUUUGACAGCUAACCGGCUGGCUGCUUCCCGGAUCCCAGCGCUGCCCCCCAGGCAAUGGCGUCUCCCCGGAUCCUCAGCACCGUCCUGGCCCUGCUCAGCCUCCUGCUGCUGCUGGUGGCCCUGGGCUCCGACCACUGGCUGGUGGACGACGCCAUCCUCGGGUCCCUCCAUGAGGGGCUGUGGAAGAGCUGCCUGAAUUCGGUGUGUGGACAAAUUUCUUCAGCAUCAGUCUCUUUAAAGGUCACCAGGGUUUUCACAGUGCUGGGCGUGAUCGCUGGGUCGGUCUCCUCGUUCGCUCUCCUCGCCUCGUUCCUGCACUCCCACCCCGGCUCCGUGUCCCUGACCUUGGUCUCCUUCCUGGGCAGCUUCAGUGCGGGGCUCUGUGCCAUGAUCGCCCUGGCCGUGUACACAGGGGAGUUCGCUGGGGCCGUGAAUGCCGCCCAGCGCCAAGCCACCUUCGGCUGGUCCUUCGGCCUCGGCUGGGCCUCCUUCCCCCUCUUCCUCAUCACUGGUGCCCCCUGGUUCGCGUGUUAUUUGACGGGAGGAGGGGGCCCCCGGCUGCAAGGACAGCCAGCCUGUGAAACGUACCACAGCUUCGGGUGUGACAAAUCGGUCGCUUUGCUGUUGAUUUAGCCAGUGACCUUAGCUCAAUCUGGGACCCGCUGAGAGGAGCAAAUCGCGGAGCCCAUGAGUCCAGGCGCUGGCAGCCCCCCGGAGCUGCUGAGCGGGAGGGUGUGGGUGCAAGGAGCCAGCCAGAUGCCCCCUUCCACCAAGCUCUGC